AUGGAAUUAUAAUUUUAUCGCUUCUCAGACUACUUAUACUCGUUACAUCCACACAGAAAGCAGAUUGCUGAAGGAUGUGAGGUUCAAAAACCUGUUUGUAUCGUUUAAUUGUACGUUUGGUCAUAAGAGGAAAUCGGAAGGUUUGAAAAUGAGGCAAAAAUCGUAAGAUCUUUAACUAAUAUCUUAUGUUUAAGGUCUAAAUUUCGUGUAAGACUAGAGGAGCAAGGAUAUGUCAUCAAAUCCUACAACAUGCUCCACAAUCAUCCAUGUAGUAGUUCAUGGAUGGUAUGUGAUCCAUUGACAAGGAGAUUAUCGUCAGAAGAAAAAGAGAACUUGAAGCCCGUAAUACUUCACUGUGAGUCAGCAGAUGAAGUUAUCGAAGAUCAAGUGAUAGCCGCAAGAUCUUAUAAAUAUAAUGCUCCACAGCGUCUUACACCCCUGCUAAACAUUUCGACCCCAUUCGCUAGAUCUAAAUUGUUAUACGAACUUAAACAAAUGCGUUUUGUCUACGUGGAAUAUGAAAGCGGUGAUUGGUUGUUUAUGGUUGAUCGCGGACAACAUUAUGAAGUUGAUAUAAGCAUUUGUCAAUGCAAUUGUAGCACGUUUAUGAUGUGCCGAUAUCCCUGCCGUCACAUGCUACUUGCCUACGUUAAAAGACGAAAUCUUACAGGUAAGCUAUAUCAAUUAUGAAAUACUAACUGCAUAGCUCAUCAACUUCUUAGGUAUUGUAGCAGAUGGAAGUUACAUAAUACCCAGAACUUCCAAAAUUAUACAUUAACUGCAUUACCACGACGGAGUGAAGUGUAUAUAAGUAUUCAACGAAGCCAAAGAAUCCAUAAGCAACGC